AAUGUUAAGAAGCUCGAGAGAGCCACAAACAAAUCUGAAGGCAAAGAGGGAUGACAUACAGCAUGAGAUUGACGCAGCGGGGAGGAAGGACGAAGUCCUCACUGAUGCAGCGACGAAUUGGCUCACAGCAGUUGGUGAAAUCGAAACAAAAGUAGCUCUACUAGAAGAGGAGUAUAAAACUGGAAAUACAUGUCUAGGAGGGUUGUGUGUAAAUUGUUGGUAAUGCUAUGGACUCAGCCAGAGGGCAGCAAAACUUAAGGGAGAGGUUGAUGAGAGGCAUGUAGCUGAAUUUGAAUCAACAAAAACAGCUCCACUAGAGAGCGUGAGAGAGAUGGAGGCCCCAACCAUAGAGGACCAACCCAGUGUUCGAGAGAUGUUGCAGAAGGCAAUUGAUUGCAUAUGUGACCCAGGUUAUGGUAUCAUCGGAGUCUAUGGCAUGGGAGGCGUUGGAAAGACAACUCUGAUGGCAAAAGUCAAUAAUCACUUCAAAUCAAAUCCUUAUUUUUACAUUGCGAUCGUGGUUACGGUAUCUGCCUCUCCGGAUGUAACAAAGAUACAAAAGAGGUUAGGAGAGCGCUUGGGCUUGCAUUUAUCAAGCUAUGAUGGGGAUGCAGCAGGAGAGAAGCUGUUGGAUGCUCUAAGGAGGAAGAAGUAUCCAGUAAUCUUGGAUGACUUAUGGCAUGACCUGAAACUCGAGGACAUAGGAAUCCCUCAACCCAAAAAUGAUAGUGGGUGCAACAUUCUGGUGUGCAGCCGGAAUCGAGAUGUAUGUACCAACAUGGGAGCUCAAAUCACAUUAGCAGUAAAGAAAUUAUCAGACUUGGAGGCUUGGACCCUGUUCAUUGCAAAAGCCGGUCAUCAUGUAACUUCCCCAUCAAUAAAACCCCAUGCUAAAAUUGUUGCCAGAAAGUGCGAGGGCAUACCCCUGGCCAUCGUCACUGUUGCACAUGCUAUGGCGAACCAACACACAGUGGGGGAAUGGGAGGAUGCUGUAAGAGAAUUGAACCAAUCAGCAGCAAGCCUUCGAGGUAUGAAGGAAAAAGUAUUUGAUUCUUUAAAGUUUAGUUAUGAUAGACUGGAAAAUGAUAUGUACAGAUCUUGCUUAUGUCCUGAGGACUGUUCAAUUAACCAAGAUCACUUAGCAAUUCAUUGCAUUCGAGAAGGACUAGUCGAUAGUCUGGGUAGUUUGAAAGCCACUAGGAAUAAAGUUGCUACAUUGGUCGGGAGUCUCAAAUCUGGGUGCAUGCUUGAAAACGGGGAAAGAGAAGGUGAAGUGAGGACGCACGAUAUGAUGCGCGAGCUAGCACUGUGGAUCACCUCUCUUGAGUCAAAAGAUAGCCCUAACUUCUUGGUUCAAGCCGGAGCUUCAUUAAGGGAGGCGCCAGAAGCUACAAAGUGGGAAGAAGCAGACAAAAUUUCACUAAUGGAAAAUGAAGUAGAGGUGCUCCCUGAAUUGCCACAGGGUUGCCCAAAACUAGCUACCUUAUUGCUGGAUAGAAACAGAAUUCUUAAGGCCAUCCCUUCAAGAAGUUUCUUUGAGCACAUGGAUCGCCUUUGCGUUCUGAAUCUUAGUUGGACAACAAUUGAAUCCCUGCCGCAUUCCCUAUCAUGUUUAGUAAAACUCCGUGUGCUCAUAUUAAGAUCCUGCAAUUCACUAAGCGGGUUACCACCAAUUGGAGGGCUCCAACAACUCCAGUUUUUGGACCUGCAUAAUUGUCAGGAAAUGGAGAACAUGCCUGAUGGGAUGGGAGAUUUGAGUAAGUUAAGAUACUUAAAUUUGAGUAACACGUGGUUAAGAAUUCCAGGAGGGGUAUUUUCUCGUUUGAUUUAGUUAGAGGAGAUAGACCUGGGAUAUGCUGUAGGUAUAAAAUGGAGACUGGAUGAUGAUGAUGGGGAAGGAGAUGGGAGUGGGUCCAAGGGAGAAGGCUUCAUUGAUAUUAGGGAGUUGAUCAAAUUAAACCAUUUGAGCAGGCUUAGCAUUGAUCUAAAAAAUGUUACAAUUUCAGAUUGGUUCAAGCCUUUAGCCAGGAUCAUGGAGAAACUGCUCUUGUAUGACUGCAAGGUUUAAACAAUGGAUGCCCUAACUGCUUUGGAUGAGUCCCAAUGUCUAUCCACAUUAUUCAUCUCGCAUUGUGAGGAUGUGAGGCGGGUACCAACUCGCAUCUCAAAUAUUCUAUUCAUAGAAAGUUGUGAGGAAUUGGAGCAUGUGGUGGUUGGAGAGGAUGCCAAAGAUGACUCCUUGCAAAGCUUGAACGAGUUGUCGCUUCAAUUUUUUCCUAAACUAGAUGCGAUAUGCGUCGGAGUCCCACCACCGCAUUGCUUCAGUAACCUAAGGAAAAUAGAGAUAUGGAAGUGUGAUAGAUUGAAGGUGGUGUUUAACAAAGGCAUGGCACGACAUCUCGACAACUUGGAGGAGAUCAAUGUUUGGGAUUGUUGUGGAGUGGAGGAGGUGCUUGAUGAUGACAAAGAAGCAGAAGACGACGGAUCAUCUUUGUUUUUAACUCUACCUAAGCUAAGAAGAUUGCGGCUACGUGAUCUACCGCAACUGUGCAGUAUAUGCAGCAAACAUGUAUUUGCAUUGCCCAUUGAUUCAAAAUGUGGAGGUAGUGGAAUGCCUGCAGUUAAAGAAGGAGCCACUUAGAGUCUGCAAUGCACUUGGAUUACUUUUCAUUACAGGAGAGGAUUGGGAUGGAGAGGUGGUUGAGGGCGAGCAAUCAUUCAAAUGAGGCAGCCAAGCAAAAUGCAGGGAGGGCGAUUUGAGGACCCAACAAUCCUCCUUAAAUUUUUGUUGGUAACCAUCCUCACUCCUAUUUUUGUUGAGAAAUUAAACUCCUUUCUUAGGUGUUUGAAAAGUUUGCUCAAGGGAUAACCAUUUCCUCAAUAUGGAAAGGAGGUUUUCACCACUUUAAAGUUAGUCCUAAUUUAAAGUUAAAUGGUACAAGGGAUUUCAGCAUGCAGAGCAUUAGAUUAGCUGCUGAUUUCAAGUGAGGCUUCAGUAAAACUGUUCUAUGUGAACAGAAAAGUAUGAAGAAUAUUUAUAAUGUAUACUUCUCAGUCUGACAGCCCUCAGGAAAGUAUACAUAUUCUCAACAAUGGAUGUCUGGUUUUUAUCCAAAGCGAAAAUAGUAUGAGAUUUCUCUAGAUG